AUGAGUGGCAGCGCUGCCACUCAGCCCUCGUCAGGCGCCUCCCUGCAAGGACAAGAGGCCACCCCCAAUGACACCGCUUUCACUGCCACUCCUGCUGCCAAUUCCUUGCCUCACACUGCUCCUGAAGCUUCCCAACCCGCGGAGAGCAUGACAGAAAAGCCGAAACAGCAGCCGUCGCUUGUCAAAAUCCCUUCUCGUACAUCUUCUAACCCGAGACCUUCUGACCCUACUACCGCCCCUGCACCAGUCGCACCUGAUGAGCCACCUCCGUCGCCCAGGCGAGGCUCGAAACGCAGUCUCCUCAGCAGAAGCAGGAACAAUAGCAGAGGUAGUCGAAGGUCACUGAGAGCAGCUCGGGCGACGGAUGGCACCAAAGAGCCUGUGCCGCCCCUCCCUCAAAAUGCAGCUCCCAAAAUCGAGAAGAAAGCUCGCAGUGGAUUGCUCGCCUUCCUGAACUGCUGCAGCCCUACCGAAUAUCCCGAUGACAUCAAGUCAGACGAUCCCGAUGUUGCAGCGAAGAAGAUCAAGAUCCAACCCCAGCCUCAAAGGACGGCUAGACCGCAAGAACAAAACGAGGUCGUGGAGAACGAGAAGACUUUGGAAGGCAAAACGCCAGUCGACGAUGCCAAUGCACAGGGAAAGGCCGGAGAGCAAGGAAACGCAGACGUAAUAGAGAAAAAGGAGCCUGACGAAUCUCGACCGAGGAUGUCGCGCGAGGAGAUAUACCAUGAAAAAGUCACACUUCCUGGGACGAGCGGGACAAUGCCAUCCACCGGCCUUGCCAACAAAGAUCUGGGAUCUCAUGGUGACGAAGAUCAGAUCAAAUCCACAACCGUUGCUGUUCCCGAACCUUCAGAAAAACCGGAUGUCAAUGUGAUAGCAGCAACACCCACUGCAGCAGAGCAUCCUGCGGAACCCCAGCGAUUUGAGGGCGACGAUAAGACGGCCGCGGACGUGGAGAUGGCGGACGCUCCUCCUGCGGUUCCGGCCGUUGAUGAAGAACCCUUGGAUGAGCCGCCCCAGCCUGCCGAACUGCAACCACAAGUGCCUUUACCUCCACCGCCGCCGUUGUCCAAACGACAAGAACAGUUUGCCCCCAAAGAGGGUUCCCCAGUUCCGGAAGCCUCCCUAGAGAAGCAAUCGUGGCUUCUGCCUCCUGUGCAGCCUCAUUUGAAGGGGAGAAAAUGCUUGAUUCUCGAUUUGGAUGAGACCUUGGUGCACAGUAGCUUCAAGAUUCUGAACCAGGCCGACUUCACCAUUCCUGUCGAAAUUGAGGGCCAAUACCACAAUGUCUACGUGAUCAAGCGACCGGGCGUGGAUACAUUUAUGAAGAGGGUUGGGGAGCUGUACGAGGUGGUUGUCUUUACUGCUUCUGUUUCGAAAUAUGGGGACCCACUUCUGGAUCAACUGGACAUUCACCACGUUGUUCAUCACAGGCUCUUCAGGGAGAGCUGUUACAACCAUCAAGGAAACUAUGUCAAGGACCUGUCACAAGUCGGCCGAGAUCUAAAGGAAACCAUCAUCAUCGACAACUCUCCCACCUCCUACAUAUUCCAUCCCCAACACGCCGUUCCGAUAAGCUCUUGGUUCUCGGAUGCACACGACAACGAGCUGCUGGAUCUGAUACCAGUCCUCGAAGAUCUGGCUGGACCGCAAGUACAGGACGUGAGCUUGGUCCUGGACGUGGCUCUGUGA